GAAAAAUAUGUGCCAGCAUAUUCAAAUAGCAGACGAGUCCACAACGACCACUCACAACCACCACUGUCAAGAACAUUUGCACCAUACACCGCAGAAAAGGACUACCCUUCCGUCUACCGUUACCUUUCACGGAACAAAAUAUAUCAACAAAACCAGCAUCAUUUGGAUUUACCUUUUAAUUUCACACUGAAGAAAUAUGAUCAAAACCAUCAUUUUCUAGAUUUAGUACACAUACAUUUUCAAAGUAAGAACAAUAAAGAAAAUGCGUCCUCCUUCAUUGGUUGUUUUUGAUUUGGACAACUGCUGCUGGGACCCAGAGAUGUAUCAAAUGUCUUCUGGUAGCCCGUUCACCCACGAUCCAGCCGAAAACACUUGUAAAAGCUCUCGUGGGGAAAUCGUCCGAUUGAUGGGAGAUGUUCCGCACAUAUGGGGCUUGUUAUUAAGGCUGUUGUACUAGCUAUAAAUGGUAAUUGAUGAUCAAUCUUUGAAAAAUAGUAUGGGGGAGUGUUACACACAGGGUCUUCGUCUUCCAACGGAUCCUAACAGUUGGAACGUAUUCAUAUUGAUUUUCGACGAUCACGACAGGAAAAAAAGACUUCCGCAUGAUAGUACUUUUCGAGGAUGCAUGGAUCAUCAACUGAUCCAACUGAUCACUGCCUUGCGGAGGGCUCUAAUGUUACGCUGGAAGGGAGGAGACUUUAGAUCUUAUUUGGAGAGUUUUCCGGAUAGCUGUGGGAAGGAGAAAAAGCUUUUGGGCAGUUUGGGAGAUGAGGUGUUGUUAUGAGAAGAGAGAGAUUUGUGGUUGUUGAGUCAUGAUGUUGUCAAUAUCGACGUGACCAGUAGUUUCCUGUACAACUAUUGAAUUCAAGAGGUGCAACUGGAGGUUUAGCAGUUGCGAUUUUUAUGCAUCAAAUCACGAUCUUCACCGGAUUUCCCUGACCGCUUCCAUAAUUUCUUCCCUGAGGACCGCUUCCAUAACGUCUACUGAAGACUUCAUCCACUCUAAUCCCUUCCCUGACUUUCACUUCCACCAAGAUCGCAAUAGCCUCUUGCUGUGAUGAGCCAGGGUGGGCAAAGGAGCUACUCCAGAAGUUUAACAUCGGUCCACCCUCAGCGAAUCCAAGGAGGAGAGAAACGAUGGCAGACGCAGUCUCCUAUGUGCAGAUUCACUACGGCGCGAAGACACAGCAUUUUAAGGAAAUAGAGAGUGCUUCGAAAGUACCUCUAGAGGACAUGUUUUUCUUUGAUGACCAAAGUGGACAUAUCAGAAACGUAGGGAAGAUGGGUGUCACGGCAGUACAAACACCGUAUGACGGGGUCACGUGGGAGCUGUUUUUGACGGCGUUGCAGAGUUACAAUAAGGGAAGAUGAUCAUCAUGCUCAUGCUCAUGAAGUUGAAGACCACAAUGAUGGAGGACGCCCACGUUGGCGUCAUGAUAAACAUGGAAAAACUAUCCUGAUGCGGAUGAAGAAGAUAUUGC